CUGAGACUCGAAUCACUGAAAAACCCCAUGAAAAGAGUUGAGCAAGAGCCAGCAAUGUCGGAACCCAAGAAAACCAAGUACGAUCGUCAACUCAGGAUUUGGGGAGAAUCAGGUCAAGCGGCUCUGGAAAACGCGAGCAUCUGUUUGCUCAAUUGUGGCCCGACUGGCUCCGAAGCCCUCAAAAACCUCGUCCUUGGUGGAAUCGGAAGCAUCACCAUCGUCGACGGAUCUAAAGUAGAAAUUGGAGACCUUGGAAACAAUUUCAUGGUGUUUUCUUCUGUGUAUUGGGAACUUACUUUGCCCGAACUUUGGUGGAUUGUUGUCUAUGUCGAAAAAAAAGUGGAUGAGAAGAGUGUUGGUCAGUCAAAAGCCAAGUGUGUCUGUGCCUUUCUUCAGGAGCUUAACGAUGCUGUAAAAACCAACUUUGUUGAGGAGAAUCCAGACGCUUUGAUCACGACAAACCCGUCUUUCUUCUCUCAGUUCACUCUCGUUAUUGCCACUCAGCUAGUGGAAGAUUCAAUGGUGAAACUAGAUAGAAUCUGCCGAGAAGCAAAUGUCAAGUUGGUUUGUGCCCGCUCCUAUGGCCUUACUGGGUUUGUGCGUAUCAGUGUAAAGGAGCACACAAUUAUCGAUUCAAAGCCUGAUCAUUUUCUUGAUGAUCUCCGCUUGAAUAAUCCGUGGCCUGAACUCAAGAGGUUUGUGGAGACCAUUGAUCUGAAAACACCAGAUCCCGUUGCUCAUAAGCACAUCCCUUACGUCGUCAUUCUUGUCAAGAUGGCUGAUGAGUGGGCUCAAACCCAUAACAACAACCUUCCCUCGACUAGGGAAGAGAAAAAGGAGUUUAAGGAUUUAGUUAAGUCCAAGAUGGUAUCGAUGGAUGAAGAUAACUACAAAGAAGCCGUGGAAGCCACAUUCAAAGUUUUUGCUCCUCGAGGAAUCAGCCAAGAGAUUCAAUCAAUUAUUAAUGAUAGUUGUGCUGAAGUUGGCUCUAGUUCCUCGGACUUUUGGGUGAUGGUGGCAGCCCUCAAGGAGUUUAUUUCAAACGAAGGUGGUGGGGAGGCACCACUAGAAGGUUCCAUGCCCGAUAUGACAUCUUCAACAGAGCACUACAUCAGUUUGCAGAAAAUCUACCAAACCAAAGCUGAAGCUGAUUGUCUUUCCAUGGAGCAAAGAGUAAAAGACAUCCUAGUUAAAGUUGGUCGAGAUCCAAGUAGCAUCUCAAAACCACCUAUUAAGAGCUUCUGCAAGAAUGCAAGAAAACUUAAGGUAUGCAGAUAUCGUAUGGUAGAAGAUGAGUUCAGCAAUCCUUCUGUAACAGAACUGCAUAAGUGUUUAGCCAGUGAGGACUACAGCUCUGAAGGCUUGUACCGCUUUUCUGUUUGUUCCUCUCGCAGUAGCGCAAUUGGAUUAUAUAUUCUUCUUAGAGCUGUUGAUAGAUUUGCUGCGACCUAUAAGAAGUUUCCGGGGCAGUUUGAUGGUGGAGAGAUAGAAGAGGACGCAUCUCGGUUAAGAACUACUGCCCUGAGUCUUCUUAGCGAAAUGGGUUGUGACGGAUAUGUACUUCCGGAAGAACUUUGCAAUGAGAUGUGCAGAUUUGGUGCUGCAGAGCUUCAUGUAGCUGCUGCUUUCAUAGGAGGAAUCGCAUCUCAAGAAGUAAUCAAGCUCAUCACUAAGCAGUUUGUUCCGAUGUUGGGAACUUUCAUCUUCAACGGCAUUGAUCACAAUUCUCAGUCUUUGAGAUUAUAG